CUCAAUUUCCACAACCACUCCGCCAGACAUAGACAACAGAGUCAUACACACACAUAGACAGCUCAAGAGAGAAUAUACACACCUCAACCCAACCUACAACCAAAACCCCACCCACAAAAUGCGCCUCGCCCACCUCCACCUCCCCGACAUAACCUCCUUCACACGAGUCUCCAACCUCCAACAAACCCUCACCUCACGCCUCCUCGCCCACAAAAAGCUCACAGACUCCACCACCAACCCCAACAAUGCAUCCCAUCCACCCCCAGACCCCACAAUCAUAACCUUCACGCCCAACCCAGUCUACACAACGGGACGACGCGACCUUCCCCCCUCCAACACCACCACCAGCAACAAUGAUAACACCCUCUCCCUCCCCCCAGCCCUCGAACCCAUCCGCCCCAUCCUCACAGGCCCCACCAAACGCGCAGAAUACCACCCCACCCUCCGCGGCGGCCAAACAACCUACCACGGCCCGGGGCAAAUGGUCGCAUACACAAUCCUCGACCUGCGACGGCUGGGCCUCACACCGCGGUGUCACAUCCGGGCACUAGAAAACAGCGUCGUGGACGUGCUGGCGCGGUACGGGUUGCAAGGGCUGAUAACCGAAGACCCGGGCGUAUGGGUGCGGAGCAAGGAAAACGACGGCCCAGCCAAAAAACUCACAGCGGUGGGGGUCCACCUCCGGCGAAACAUCAGCAGCUACGGGAUCGGGUUCAACGUGAGCCAGGAGCCGAUGUGGUAUUUCCAGCAGAUCGUGCCGUGUGGGCUUGAGGGGCGGGAAGCGACGAGUUUGGAGGGGGAGGGCGUUAAGGGUGUGGGGAUUGGGGAGGUGGCGGAUGGGUUUGUGGGGGCUUUUGUGGAGAGGGUGAAUAGGGAUUUUGCUUGUUCUGGCUCUGGGACGGGGGAGAAGAUUGAGGGGGUCUAUAGGGGUGUGUUGUUGUUGUCCAGCGUCUUCGCUGUACGAACAGAAGGAUAG